UAAUAUAUGGACCAUUUCUUAAGAUUCAUUAAUCCCCAUGUCUUUUUGGGAUGUGUGCAGUUCUUGCAAUUACAAACCUCCAAAGAAACUGAGGCUCUUCUUGGCACCAGACUUUUCGAAAGGUUAAGAAAAUUAGGUGUGCCAUCAGAAAAAAUUGAUUAAAUCAUCCAACAAGACAAUUUGAAUGGAAAACUGACCUCAGUUGCAGAAUUACUUAAACUCAGACAACGAGCAUUAGUAGAUUAUGUCCAAGAAAAUCUAUGGACAGUUGAAGAAGCCUAUCAAGCAUUAAUAAUAUUAUUUGAUUCAGGAGAAUACGAGAAAGCAACAGAAAUCGUUGACAAUCUAUAUCCAUGUGUGGAAGCAACUGAGAAGUUAAAUCAUUUGAGAAAUGGAUUCUUAUGGGCUAGAUUAGUAAAAAAUCCAUUUAUCUAAUUAGAAUUGCAAAUUAAUUGGUCUCUUCAAGAACACCAACAAUGCUGCAGUGUGCAUUGAAGCAAUCAAAGACUUAAUUAAAUAGGAGGAUCAAAUAAAAUAUAAUUUCAAACAAAGAGCAGAUCUCUUGCAUGCUGGAGUUUUGGUUUGCUUUAUAUCCGAUGACACAAAUGCCUUCUUAGAAAUCUUCUCAGGCGAACAAUUCUUAGAAGUAGUUCACACUAUUGCUCCUUAUUUAUUGUAUUAUUACACAGUUGCCUUGCUCAUCAAUUAACAAUUCAUUGGAAACACAAGUCUUGCAAUUAUUGGCACAAACGCAAACAAAUCAAUCAAACCAUUUCAUUUGCUCAAUUACGUUGAGGAAAUCAUUGUUAAGUUCUAGUUCGACAAUGCAAUCAAAAUGAUUAAAGAUAUUUCUACAGAAAUUGAUUAGGACUUCAUUGUCAAAUCUAAAAAUGCUCUCAUUAUUAAUGCAUGCAAACUUUAUUUCUUUUCAACUUACAUCAAAAUCUUUAAUGGCGUAUAAAUUAAGUAAUUUAAACACUAAAUAAAUUUAGACAAUUUUCAACUUAUCUAUAACUCAAUGAGGAGGAAACCGAAUCAUGGUUGGUUAAUGCCAUUAGAACUUUAAAUAUCAAUGCUAAAAUAGAUGGCGAUAAAAUAAUUGUCUAAAAACAAGACAUCAAUGCUCAAAACACAUAAGUAUGUAUAUCCACCUACAUCAUAGUUAUUAAGACAAUUAAGAGAUUUGCAACCGAAAUCUAACAUGUUAAUAUCAAACCUUUAAAGAAUUAUUAAUAUUAAAUGAUAAUGUAUAUUAUAGAAAUCAUAAAAAUAAUAAAGUUUAAUACCCU